UGUACAUGUACAUGUACGUCAGGGCGUGUUGAGGGGUGGAGCCUCAUUCUUCUAAUACUAUUACAUAUCCAUACUCCCACAAUCAUUGGGAAGGACUCACUCAUUAUAAAAGAAGGACACUGUCCCUCUCUCUCUACCUCACUUCUACUCUCUUUUAAUUUUACUUUAUUGAAGCUAAAGGAUCUUUAGUAUCAUGAUUGCUACUAAACUGAUGCACAGUUUAAUGAUAAUAAUUGUUAUUAUUAAUACUGUCAAUGGAAACUGUCCUGAGAAUGAGAAGGAAACUUCUCCAGUUGUUACCAUCACUAACACUAGUGUUAAUGCUACACCAGAAUGUGUAAUGCCAACUGAUUGUAAAGCAUGGAAAGAACUGGGAAGCAAACAAAAUGGAGUAUAUCCUAUAAAACCAGAUGAUGGACCAGCUUUCCAAGUAUACUGUGAUAUGGAGACUGAUGGUGGUGGAUGGACUGUAUUUCAGAGGAGACAAGAUGGAUCUGUUGAUUUCUAUAGGAACUGGACUGACUAUGAGAAUGGAUUUGGUGACCUUACUGGUGAGUUUUGGUUAGGAUUGAGCAAGAUUCACCGUCUAACUAAAGAAGGAUCAAACACACUAAGAGUGGACUUGGGAGAUUUUAAUAAUGACACAGCUUAUGCUAACUACUCUACAUUCAGUGUUAGUGAUGGCAGUACUGAAUAUAUACUAACAGUAGGAGGAUACUCUGGUACUGCUGGGGAUAGUCUGGCCUGGAAUCAUAAUGGAUUUAGAUUCAGUACAAGAGAUAAUGAUAAUGAUCGUUACGGAGGUAAUUGUGCUAAAUCCCACAUUGGUGGCUGGUGGUAUAAUAAUUGCCAUCAUUCAAAUCUUAAUGGUUUUUAUUAUAAAACUUCAACUAAUAAUCCUCAAGGAAUUAAUUGGUACACUUGGAAAAAUGCAAACAUUAGCCUAAAGUUCUCAGAGAUGAAAACUCGUCAUAACAAUUAAAUACUGUCCCCCACACACAUAAGUGUGUUUACAUU